AUGAGUACGAAUGCGAUAGCAGUGUUACGUGGCAAUACUGUUAGUGGAGUUAUUCGAUUUAAACAGGAUAAGGAAGGCUCACCAACAAUCAUUAACGGUGAAAUCAAAGGUUUAACUCCCGGUUUGCAUGGUUUUCAUAUUCAUCAGUAUGGUGACACUACAAACGGCUGUAUUUCUGCUGGUCCACAUUUCAAUCCCCAUAAUAAAACACAUGGCGGUCCAACCGAUGAAAUAAGACAUGUUGGUGAUCUUGGAAAUAUUGUCGCCGGAGCCGAUGGCACUGCUCAUAUUGAUAUUUCUGAUAAGCAAGUACAGUUACUGGGGCCGAACUCGAUAAUUGGCCGCUCAAUUGUUGUGCAUGCUGAUGAAGACGAUCUCGGGAAAGGAGUUGGCGACAAGAAGAAUGAAAGUUUGAAAACCGGUAAUGCUGGUGCCCGUGUUGCAUGCGGUAUCGUUGCUAUUGGUGCUGAUUCCUGA